AUGAAGAUUCUUUGCGAUAAUACUCACGCUGCACAUCAAUUACCACAAAGUCACAAAUUAAUACUUGACUCUCAAAUAUUACCAUCAAAAUUGAAUAUUAAAUUGAAAACGCAUUCUCUCACAUGUUUAAAUGUUCCACUGGAAACAUUUUCUGAUUUUAAACAAAGUUCGGGAGUAAAUCGAAAUGAUAAGCAAAGAACUUUGGCUGGUAGUGUUGAUCUUAUUUCAGAGAUGCAGCAGCAAUUGAACAAUGAAAAUUUAUCUUCUUUUUCAUCGUCUAAACCUUUAAUAAAUAUUAUAUCAUCGGAUAAACAAUUCCCGUCGUCUGACCAACCAUGCCAACAAAUUAUUAAACAUCGUUUUCGAUUAUCAAAUUCCUUUUUAACGCAUUCAUCAAUUAAUGAUUCUGUUGCUCGACUUCGACGUACUCGUCAUCUGCACAAUUUACAUCAAUCAUCAUUCGAAACUAUCGAUAAAGUACCGAAACGAAAGAACUCUUAUCUACUGAGCCACAAUGGGCCCAUUCCGAAAUUUACUUUUCGUGAUCUGCCAUCAUAUUCUCGACAGACAUCAUCAAUUAGCAGAUUUAAACCACCAUCUGAUUUUCAAAUGUCUCCAUAUACUUCAUUGCCAGAGCUUCAAUCAUUCGCCAAACAAAAAUCUUCAGAUAAUAAAACGAUUACUAAUCAUAAAUAUAAACCAUUACCAUCAAGUAAAUCGUCCUCUUGGAAAAAAUCAGGUUCAUGGUCAUGGAAGUCGUCAUGCGAUGCUUUAGAAAUUCAAUCAAACAUAACUGAAAAGCAAACAGAAUUUCGACUCGACGAUCAACAUCAUUCUAAUUUACCUGUUAUUAUUGAAUCACCAAUACAACAACAUUCUUCAUUACAAGCAAUCAAUCUAAAUUCUUCGUCAACAAAAUUAACAGAUAUACAUCGUUCAAAUCCAUCAUUUUAUAAUGAUUAUACUCAACAACAACAACAUCGAUUUCAAAAGAAAAAGAUAAAUUUUCCUCAUUCACCGUCAAACUACAAACUUCAACAAGAUCGAUUUUCAUACCCAUGGAGAACUCGUUAUCCAUCAACACCUUUACUUCCUUCUGCAUCACGAAAUAAAUUUUGCAAUAAUAAGUUUGAUUAUCAUUCAUAUAAUCUAGAUAUAACACCAAUCGUCACGUACGAUAAUGAUGAUGAUACUGAUACAAUUUCAAGGCAUAGCAGUUUUCGUUCAUGUCUUGAUAGUAUCAAUGACUUUUCGGAAAAUAAUAUUAUAGAUAUCUCAUCAUCAUCUUCAUCAUUGAUAUCAUCUUUAGAAAGUUGUUUUCACGAGGUUGCUCCUAUUUAUGAUUUAAAGCCAGAACUUGAUAAUGAAACAGCAAAACGUACAAAAUUAUCCAUUCGACACCUUUGUAUUAUUCAAUAA